AUGGUCCGCUCUGCAGCGACUGUGCUCACGGGCGCGUUGCUUUUGGCAGUCGUAUCUCCCCUCGCAUAUGCACUCCCUUUCCCCACCAAUACGACAGAGUUCAUCACGAGCGACCAGCUCACAUCAACAUACGAUGGCCUCGGUGCUCAAGCCCACUUUGAGCGCCGUUACCUCACCAACCUCUCGCCUCCCUCGGGCUACACCAGCUCGUGGGGCAUUGACGGCUAUCGUGUCUCUUAUGGUCCCGCCUCCGGUCAAUACAUCUCCCGAUCCACCAUCUCUGGCGCAACAAAGCUAAGCCAGACCCAGGUCAAUGCCUGUGCUACCCUCUGCAACAAGGACUCUCGCUGCCGCUUCUUCCAUCCCGUCGAGAUGAGGGGCAACUCGGAGGGCAACGUCAUCUGCACCCUCUACACAGCAAAGCAGGAACGCUCGACUGCUACCUGGAGUGGAGGUCCAGGCAGCACCGGUGGCUCGGUUGUCGCUUCCUAUGGCUUCACUCGUAAUAUCGCCACCACUACCCGAACUACUUCGACAACGUCCAGUUCCACUUCUACCAGAUCCACGUCCACCACUUCCAGAUCCACGUCCACCACUUCCAGAUCCACUUCUACCACCUCCAGAUCUACAUCCACCACCAGCACUGCUACUACUUCCCGAUCCACAUCGUCCACCAGCGCUACCCCGACUCUCCCGGCCCCUCCCGCCGGUGCUAGGCUCGUCCAAUUCCGGGGUUGCGCUAGCUCCCAGUUCACCGUUCCCAUGUUUGUCAACGUAAAUUUCCCCGUAGAUGGCUUCACCACUUCCGACACCGCCUGGAUCGUCCAGCACGGCUCUAAUCGCAACUUUGACGAUUACUUCAGCUCAGUGCGCAACGUCGUAGGCGAUCGCGGAGUCAUCAUUGCCCCCAACCUUUACUCCAGCGCCGACUCGGGCAAGUGGUAUCAGCCAAGUAAGAAUCUCGCCUGGAACAGCAACGAUUGGGCCAACGGGGCUGAUGCCGUGGCUCCCUCUGGCGUUUCGUCGUGCUCCUCCUACGACAUCUACGACUCGCUCGUCGCUCUGCUUGAUGACAGAGCCAAGUUCCCCAACCUUCAAAAGGUCUACGUCGUUGCCCACUCUGGCGGUGCCAGCAUGAUGACCAAAUACAGCGUUCUCAGACCAACUACUGGUUACAGUUAUGUGCUUGCCAACUCGCCAUCCAUGCCUUACUUUACCAACAUCAGGCCCAACUCGACCAACAAUUGCCCCAAUUAUAACACGUGGGGCUACGGCUUCGGCAGUCCACUCCCACGCUAUGUGGCUGCCCGCCUCCCAAACGGCGUCCAAGGCUUCCGCUCCUGGGUCGCUCAGGAUAUCACCCUCAUGACUGGUGACUUUGACACCUACUCGCGUGACCAGACUGGCGACCAGAGUUGUCCCGUCCAGUCACAGGGUGGCCAGAACCGACGAGACCGUGGUUAUGCCUGGUGGGCUUACAUCAACCUCCUCGGCGGCACCUCGACUGACGUGUCGGACUACUACGGCUAUCAAUCGCUCAAGGAUCAGGGCGUCACAAGUCUCAACCCUCCCAGCUUUGGCGUCCGCUACUGUGUCGUUGACGGCGUGGCUCACGACAAUGAUGCCAUGUUUGCAAGCGAUUGCGGCCGAGCUGCCAUCACUGGCGCUUCCACGCUGCCUCCUGGUCCGGGUCCCGUCAGGCCAGCGUGA